AUGAAUCCUCCCGAUGAGCCGUACACGCCGCCUCUUUCCGUCAAGGUCAUGCGCAUAGCAACGCCAUCGCUAGCCUCGCGUGUUGUGCCCAUGUUCGAGACGUGCAUGGAAAGUGGCGUUGUAGAUGAACCGUCCGACCACAACAACACACCACAUAGACAAGAAUGUGUGGAAUACCUUGAUCCACAUAUCUGGGAUGUGAUCAAGUCCACGUAUGCGCGUGGAAGUGAUGAAAUCUUUACGAAUGCCCCGAUCACUGCUCGCGAUGUCUCUUACACGGACCAGCUUUUACUACCAGCAUCAUUUGGCUCUGUUUCCGUCGGUGAAACAUUCCAAGCAGUCAUAUGCGUGUCAAAUACAUCAAUGAUGCCCAUCCAGGGGAUGCGCAUCAAAGUCGAAAUGCACACGGACAAAACCGAUUCCUUCCCACCAUCCUCGCACAGUCUUAACGAUGUCUCUCUCCCAUCCUUAGCUCCCGGUGCACAGAUGACAGCCCUCGCUCGGCACUCUAUUGAUAAGCUGGCCAUGCAUGCUCUCGUAUGCCGCAUAUGGAGCGACAGACAUACAAGUCAAGGCAUUUAUCCUCACUCUUUCUCCAAGCAAUACCGGUUCAAAGUUCAUCCACCACCUUUUCUCAUGCGGUCUGAAGUUCACACAAACGAUACACUGUCUUUUUACCAUGACCGGAGUAUUCGCGAACAAACCCUCGUUCUUGUCUCUGUUCACAAUACAUCGUCACGUCCUUUGCGUCUCGACAUGCUGUCCAUCGACCCCGAUCAGUCAUGGAGCGCAUCUGCGCCGAAGCUUGAUCAUAUGCCUCUGAUGCCUAAAGAUGUUCGGAAUUUUGUCUUUACCUUGUCGCCGCGGGAGACCAUGUCCCCUCUGCACUUUCGCGAGAAACUCCAGAGCGCAGAACAUACUCGCGUCGCAUGUACCGUGCCAUUGGGCCAUAUCCGUAUUGCCUGGCGUGUGCCUGGUGGUGAGAUGGGCCGCUUGCGAAUCGGGACAAUACAGCGCACUACGUAUCUUCCUUGUGCUGUACAAGGAAUGUAUCCGGAACUGUUUCUCGAUCGCCAUGAUGCAUGGCUUGUUGAUGAACCAUGUCAUGUGACGAUGCAUCUGCAUAUUUGGGUGUUGGACCUCGCAUUACUACGCACCCGUUUGGAUAUCGCAUUAGAGAUCGACGAUGCAUGGCAUGAUAUACUUGUACUCGGUCCGAACCGUCACACAGCUUCGUUAGAGCUGCUCGAACAUACUACUCUAGAAGUUCCUUGGACACUUGUCCCGCUUCGUCGUGGUCUCGCGAGCAGUGGUGGGUUCAUUUUGCGGCGUGUUGAUACAAAUAGCACUCUACGUGUGUGGAAAAAUGUGAUACAAUUUCAUUCGUAG